AUGCCGGAGGACGCGGCAGAGCUUACCUCCGACCAGGUGUAUUGGAUAGCAUCGUGCACGAAGCUCGUUGCUUCUAUUGCAGCGCUCCAAUGCGUGGAACGCGGCCUCAUCACGCUUGACGAAAGUCUCAACGUGCACCUGCCAGAACUCGUAUCGCAGCCUAUCAUUGCUGCGACUGGAGGGAAAGAGUUCUUCGAAUUGCGCGAGGCCACCAAUCCCAUCACACUGCGACAACUGUUAACCCACUCGAGCGGCAUAGUCUACGAUUGGCUUAACCCCACACUGACAAUGUGGCGUAGCUCACGUGGAGAAAUCGCACAACUCCCGUCCACUGGCCGCACCGAGGAGAUCAUGUUUCCUCGAAUUGCAGAGGCAGGAGGAACGUGGAACUAUGGUAAGUUAGGACUGAUACCGAACAUUUACAGGGACUUUUUUCAGUUGACUUUCGGUAUAGGCACUAAUCUUGACUGGGCAAGCUUGCUGGUCGAACGACUGACGAAGACUGCAUUCGAAGACUAUGUCACACUAAACAUCGCUCAGCCGCUAGGGAUCAAGUCCUGGACGUGGCACCUUCCGCGCAAACCUGAGGUAGCGGAGAAGCUCAUGCAGAUGAGCGAGCGGAGACCAGAUGGGUCACUCGCUCCAAGCAAGACCCCUAUAUGGGAAGAACCGGAGGCUGAGCGCGGCGGUGCUGGUAUUUAUUCUACCAUCGACGAUUACAUGCGCAUUCUGGCCGAUACACUCAAGGAGUCACCCGUAACGCUCAAGGAAGAGACCAUGGACACGAUGUUCACACCACAAUUCAAGGAGGGCAGUAAGUUGCAGAAGUCGAUGUGGGACAUUGCGUGCGCCCCAUGCGUGGGCCGCAGCAUGGACCGAGUAUCUCCCAAUCAAGGGCUUGGUGGGUUCCUGACCACUCAUGACAUCGACCGAGAGGACUACUUCAAGCCCAAGGGUACGCUUGGAUGGCAUGGGAUGGCGAACCUAAGCUGGAAUGCCAAUCGCGAGAAGGGCCUGGCGUAUUUUUUUGCGACGCAGGUCAUCCCUUGGGGCGAUGAGAAGAGCGAGGCAUUGAUCAAAGAGUUCGAGGCGGCGGUGUGGAAAGCCUACAAGAAGGAUUGA